AUGCUCGUAAUUACAGAAAACACAUUCGAAAAACCCAACAACCCAAAGUAUCCAAGAGGGAGCAAAGUGGCAAUCAAAAGAAACAACUCCCAAGUGAAAGUCAUAUCAAACAGAAUCACCCCAUAUUGUGGAGACAUAACAAAAAGUAAAAGGGAGUUAAUAAAAACACGUAAGUUCUUAAAGGAAAGUGAUAAGAUAAAGUACCACUAUCUAUAUGCAAGAAAACAUUUAUGCAAUGGAGAACAUGAAAGGAAAAUAAAACUUUUUUCCGUUGAAAAAACAAAAAAUUUAAACCAUUUGGAAAAGUUCUCCAAAAUUAGAAAGAAAAAAAAUCAAGUCAUAGCAAGGAGAGUGAACUAUAAUGUUAUCCUAAACAAUUCGUAUGUAAAAAAUGUUGCAUAUGAAACAAAUUCCUUUUUAGUACAUUUAAAAGGGAGGAAAAGGAAAAGCCACAUUAGGAGAAGCGCUCGAAAGGACUGCUUAACAGUCCGGGAAGUUGCUUUGGACAAGGCUAAAGAUAUAGGUGGGAGACAGGCCCCAAGUCUGCAUCCACUAAGGGACUCGUUUCACUUUAAGGUAAAAACAAAUCACCACCAUGUAGCUAGCCAAAAUGUCGCAAAAAGUAAACAAUUUGAUGAUGUAGAAGUAAAUGGUGCAGAUGUGGAUGGCAUAAUUGCGAAUAAUUCCGCGUUAGACGUGCUGACCGUGGUGGUGAACAGGGAGAGGCAACAUCCCAGUUCGCAUCUAAGUAGGCAUCUAGCCAGAAAGGCACUUCUCAGCGCACGUAGCAUGCGAAAAAAUGCCGUAAAUGCAGCAAAUGCAACCAAUGCGACAGAUGCAACAAAUGCGACAAAUGCAACACAUGCAACGAGUAGUUUAAUAGACUCCAUUAUUAACUUAUCAAACGAGCUGAAUAAGACAAGUGAGAAAAAAGAGGAGUCCGAACAUGAGUACGACAGAAGUGUGCUGCGUUAUGUGCGCAGAAUUUUGAGCGACCACAAUUUCCAUUAUGACAUCGUUAGUAGUGCACAUAAGAACGAAAUAAAUGAGUUAAAGAGGAAAAUAAAAAAAUACAAUGAUAUACGCAACUUUUAUUUUAGAAAACUGUUUAAGCAUAUAGAGCGGAGAAACGAGAGCAGUCGUAAGCGCGGGAAUGGUUUGCAUACUGCACACUGCUACAGUAGCGAUUACGACGUUCAUUACGAUGCUAGAGGCAGAUCGAAUAGUUGUAAGAGGGGAAGUAAUGAGCACAUACGUGAUGAGAAAAAGGAGAGAAAAAUAAGACUAAAAUUAAAAGCCCCUUCCCCUUCGCUUUACACACACCAACGUUGCCACUCGGAUAACUACUUUUCAGAAAAGCUAAAAAAAAAGAAGAAGAGGAAGAAGAGGAAAAGUCACGUCUAUCAGCCUGUCAACCCUGUUGAGCAAGCAAAUUUGAGCAAACACGGGGGAAGUAACUCUUUGGUGAGAAGGAUAGACAAAAGGAUAACAAGUAAGCACCUUACCAAUUUGAAGCCCCCUUUGGACCACCAAAACGCGGGCGCCAGGGGGGACCACGCCAAAGUGGGGAAUGCAUCUGGGAAAGGAGGAGGAGGAGUAGUAGUAGGGAAGAAGACCCAUGUGGGGGAGAGAGCAGCCAGCGGCAAUCACGGCAUCGCCGGUGCUGCUACUGUCACCACCGUAUGCAACAAAAUCAAGCACGGGAAUAAUGAGAAAGAGAACACAUUGUUGUGUGUAACCAGUGGGACGAGCGAGCCAAAUGACCAUAAAGGUAAUUUUCAUUUGGACAGGAACCCACUACACUGCGUCAAAAAAUGCACAUCUACUUUUACAGACCAGAAGAAGCACAUCCCCGAAAGGGAGAACCAUCUGGACCAUAAGUUGGAGAAGGACUGCCCGUCAGUAGAAAACCCCCACUCAGGUAAAUCUCCCAAGACAGAGAAGAGGCUUCCCCAAAUAAAUUUAAAAAAGGAGAAGUGGACCGCGUGCAUUGUGCACAAAAAGGUGCUUCUGUGCAGUGGGGGAGAGAAGCUGCACGGAGGAACGAAUAAUUUAGGCAGCUUCACGUUUUCUGAAAAUGCGGGUAGUAGCGUUGUCGGUGGCCGUAGCGGUGGAGGUAGCUUCAGUGGUAGCUUUGGCGGCGGCGCCUCCGCGAACGCGCACAGCGAGUGCACAUGUAGGCCGGACAAUGUUAAGAGAAACGAUUCGCUGGCCAACUCCACCGACGAUAAUGCGAGUAGCAACGUAUAUUUUAGUGCGGACAACCAGAGUAGUCACACCAUGAGCAGCCUCCGCUGCAACAGUGUACAGUGCGUGAGCAGCGGGUGCCUCAGUCUUUUCAAAGGCAGCUACAAGGAGCAGAGUAUCAUUUCUACCUUCAGCAGUUCAACCAGUAGGCAUCGUGCGGGUGGGUGUGGCGUUGCACCCCCGGGCAAGGAGAGCAACGGUGAUCAUUGCGCAAAUCUCGUUAUCCCUUUUCAGCGAAGCGUCAAGACCAAAGCUGUAGACGCUACUGUAGACGCUGCUGUUGACGCUGCUGUUGACGCUGCUGCUGUUGAUGCUGUGAGGGGCAGUACGGGAGAUAAGCAAAGAGCAGGGAUAGACCCCCCCGAAUUGGCUGCAAACAACUUGGAGGACCAGAAAAGCCUGAGGUCGAGCGUAAACUCGCUGACCAGCGCGGAGUUGGUAAAAACGCCCGUGGUGUCAAACAUUCAAAGCGGCCAUUUUGAGGGGAUUCCCAAGAUAGGCGAAAAGGGAGGCAGCUCCUUUUGCAUCUUCAAGACGAAACGGAGAAGGGAAAGGCUCUCAAGCAAGACCCCCCUAAUUGUUGACGUUCCGAAUUUGCUCAACACGGCUAAUGACAUUGAUUUGGUAGAAAAGGGUACAAAUAAGGUGAAUAACUUUACGUACAAUAAUAAGGAGAGAAAAAUGAAUAACAAUGAUGAUCAUAAUUUUCUGGUUGAAGAAUGCUUGAAGAAGUGUUUGAAGGAAAAUGCAUCCAAAUUUAGAACGAAUGAAGAUUAUGAAAGGUACUGCAAUGAAGACAAGAUAUUAAAUCCGGAGUACAUUCCGCAAGAGUCGAAGAGACUUGGUGAGAGAUUUUUGCAGAGUCACCAGGAGAAGUUUGCAUCUUACCGCAACUCCAGUUUUCACUAUCAACCCUAUAUGAGCAAUGCAGAAUGUGGAAACAGCUGUUUUAAGGACCCCCCUGGGUACAACCUGUACAACGAUCCGAACUCUCAUUUUAUGAAUAAUAUGAAAAUUAACGUAUUCAACAAUACGGCUUCGCAGAAUACGUCUAAUAGCACCUUUAACAACGUGGGGAUUUACAGCAACAGCCAUAUCAAUUCUAUCAACAAGGAGUUUUACAUGAAGAAGGGAAACGACUACAGCAAUGACGUUUUCAUAAAGUACUAUGAGCAGUAUGCUAAUAAAGACAAUGACAAGAACGAGGCAAAGAAGUUUAAUUACACCGAUUGCUACGAUUUUAAGAAUACCCUUCUGAAUGGACUAAGCAGGGAGGACAGCUUCGGCUCCGAUGAUGAUCUGAAAAAUGAAGACAGUGAAAUGAACUUCCUGAAGGAUUCGUUAAACUCUUUUGAUAACUUAGAAUCUACGGAGAAAAAGUACGAAGAGAUAUUACGAGACUUCAAUGGGAAGAUACCUCUCCUGCAUAAGGUGUUGAAGCCCCUGCCAGUGAAAAACCGAUCGAACAACUUUGACAUUUGUCUCUACCUACUGCAGAAGCAUGGGGGGGACCUAAACAAUGAAGAGAAUAUCUGCAUCUUGAGGGACAAAGAAAUCGUGCAGCACAGUGCCAUUUACGAUCCUAAAAAAGGGUGCAUAAAAAGUAACAUAACAAAUGUGACAAAUAUAAAAUUGUAUCAACCCAAAUGGCAUAACAAGAAGAAGAUAGUGGAAAGGUUGAAGGAACAGAGUUGUUUUAACCCCUUCACGAUAUUCGGAUCUGCUCCCAGCCUGCUCGAUUUUGAUGAAGUCUUUGACAAAGAUGUGUAUAACAAAUUCGUCUCAAGGAACAGCCGCAAAUCUCACUCUCUGCUGCGGAUACUUGCAAAGCAGAAGGUUAUUAACAACCUUAAUGAUAAAAUAACCGAUAAGGAGUGGCCACAAGUGCACUCAUAUUUAAAGAAGAGGUGGAGCAAAGAGACAAACAUUGAACUGAACUGGGCGUGCGACCCUUUACUGUAUGAAGAGCUGGAGUGGUAUUUAAGCACAAAUAAUGAAUACCUAAACAUGACCGAUAAAGUUGCCGAUAUUGAGGUUUGCUACUGCCCCACGUUGGACCCUAGUUCUUAUUAUGCUUGGAACGACUCUAGGGUUAUAUACACAAACUUGUGCUACAACAAAUCGAAGGAAGAUGGGGAGCCGGGCAGCCAGUCGGUCAAGUACGGGGGGAACAAGAACGCGGAGCUGAAGAAUAAGGAUAAGCAGGUCUCCUUCAGAAAGAGGGCAAGCGGGUGCGAGCACCUCAUGUUUCAGCAGAACCUGAUGAAGCAGAAGAAGCUAUCCAAGAGGAAGAAGAGACUCUUAAGGAAGAAAAAAAAAAUGCUCAAGGAGAAGAACCAAAUGUUGAGGGAGCAGGGCAGGCGCUUUGCCGAGAACAACGGGGAGGGAGCGGCAGAUGGGGGAGCGGCAGAUGGGGGAGCGGCAGAUGGGGGAGCGGCAGAUGGGGGAGCGGCAGAUGGGGGAGCGGCAGAUGGGGGAGCGGCAAAUAUGGAAGCGGUAGACGUGGAAGGGGUAGACGGGGCAGACGCGGCAGACGGGGCGGCUGGCUUGUACAUGGAAGCCAAAGAGGGGUCCGAAAAUGACUUCAAACAUGCGUUUUCCUCCCAGCACAACCGCCCGAAUUUUUCAAAUGACCCGUGCAUGAGCAUGCGGAUGAGAAUGAACAUGGACAUGCGUAUGAGCGCGUUGAAGAGCAAGAAGCACAACCACGAUAGCGCGUAUUACCCGAACAUUUUCUCCACCAAGAAGAAGAAGAGUGUCUACCGUAGCAAAAACUACGACGAAGAUGUCAUACCGAUUAUGACCGUCAAUACGUCCCUGUACAGGCACAAUUUGGACAACAAGUACAACUGCAGCAACACGGCAUUUGAUUACAUAAAGAAUAAGGACAACACCAUUAAGUUUUUUGCCUCCCCCAAGAAAACGAGGAAAAACAAUUCAGUUAAAAAAUCUGUUAACAAUUCGGACAGUUUCUAUUACUUGAAUUCCUCCAUGAUUAAUUCGGACAACAUUUACAACAACAAUUUGGACAGCUUCGAUUCGAAGGAUUCCGCGGAUGGCAAUGACUCGGCAUCUGUUUUUCACAAGGAUACGUUCGACGCUUCAGAUGAUAAGAUGAGAAGCAAAAACCAAGUGGAGUUAAGAAGCAAUCCCAUGGGGGGCAUCAUGCACAUGGACAGAUUUGACAAUGCCUCGGAGAGCGUGUGCGAAAAUUUGCGAAUGAACGAGCAUACCAGCUACAUCAGCAAUAGUAAUGUAUACGAAUUUAGGGGCGCCAAAAAUGCGUAUGACUUUAGAAAGAAUGACCACGAUGGGCUGGGGAAUAGCCGCGGCAUGGGCUACAUGACAAGGGAUAACGAUAAUGAGAAUGACAAUGAGAAUGAUAAGGAGAACUUCCCCAGCAAAGGUGGAAGCUUCUGCUACAGGGGGGGAGGAGGACCCACUAAUGACUACAUGCAACCCUUCCGUCACAUGAGCAUGGCGGACAAGUAUGGAAACGCGAACAGCAAUGUGAAUAUGAACAUAUUUAGCAAUAUACGAAUGUACGAGCAGAAUUUCAACAAGCACGGGGAUCAUGGUGACGGCAGGAACAGCCUCAGCAGAGAUUACAACAUGGACAACCAUGGCGGCAGCUGCAUGGGAAAGGGCCCCUUCACCAAGAGCAGCUUCGUGGAUAGGAGCUACUACGACAUGGAGCAAACGAGCUUUUCCUCGAACAACUUCGGCCACUUUUCCACCAGGGAGAUGGCCCCCAAUGAGCUGCAGUACGGCAGCAUUUUCCGCACCGAUUUGUCCAAGCCCAGCUUUGCGGAGCAGAGUCAAAGUCGAAACCAAAAUCAAAGUCAAGGUCAAAGUCGAAGUCAAUGCCAAAAUCAAGGUCAAAAUCGAAGCCAAAACCGAAACGAAGCGAAAUUCCCCGUGAAGGAGCUAAGCGAAAGGUACCCCAGCAAAUGCAAGGGCACAAACGCGGAGUACAGUGACAGCCAUGGAGACAAGGCCAGCGGAAACCGCCACAACAACCGCAAUGACGAUGCGGGCACUGGGGACAACUGCAACUACUUCGAGUGCAAGUAUGAAAACAGCUCAAACAAACACGCUAACGGUAAAAACAGCCAAAUGAUAGCCAACUAUUUUCUCAGCAAGAAUGCUGAAAAUUACGACCCGACGGAAAAAAAAAAUAAAAUGAAUGAGCACUACGGCGCUGGCGAAUCUCAGAAAAGUACGAACAACGCUAUGGCAGACAUGAACAUCCUAAAGAUUACGCAACAAAAUAUUGACAAAAAAAAUAUUCUAGAAAAAAAAAUUAAAAGCAGUAUGUCAUUUUAUACAAACAAUAAAGACACAGAUAAUUCGACAGUAAAUUUUAAUUCGAAAAGGCUAAGCAAUAGCAACAUUAUUGUCAACGAAAAUAGAAAAAUUAGAAGGUACACCAAUAAGAUGUGUCAAGAUGAUAACACAUCUUUUGAGCAUUCAGAAAAUGGCAAAGGACAGGGUAAUAAGAAAGGAAGUGUAGAAUCCCCUUCAAGCAGAACCAGCGAAACUUCCAUGUCUAGUGCUUUCAAAAUGGCUACCUCUGUUUUUAAAAAGUUAUUCUAG